UCCUUCUUGUCGUUACACCAAACGACCAGCAGGGGGCAAUAUAACACGGAGGCCGAUAUUUUUUUAUCCGGAAGUGAAGCGCUUCCUUUUCCUGUGGGCCAUCUGUCGUAAGCGAUUUUUAGGCGACCACCUAACACAACCUUCAAAAUGCAGAACGACGCUGGUGAAUUUGUGGACCUGUACGUCCCACGCAAAUGCUCUGCAAGCAACAGAAUCAUCGGCGCCAAGGACCACGCCUCCAUCCAGAUCAACAUUGCUGAGGUGGACAAAGUGACCGGGCGCUUCAACGGUCAGACCAAGACCUACGCCAUCUGUGGAGCCAUCCGCCGGAUGGGAGAAUCUGACGACUCGAUCCUGAGGCUGGCCAAGACCGAUGGCGUCGUAGCAAAGAACUUCUGAGCGUCGCAUUGGAGAUGUGCAACAUUUGUUAAAUAAAAUGGAGGAAAAAAAGCUUCA